CUACAAACAGCUACUAAUUACUCAGUUAGUAAGUACCCAAAAAUAACAGACUAUGACUAACAAAAACAAUAUAUUAUGAUAAUAUAUAUUCCAGGGGCCAAGGCCCCCCCGGGUCUAAAUUUCUGAGGGGGGGGCCUCCCGCACCGGAUCCUUUUUCCCGGAGGACUGCCGGGCGGGAAGGCCUCCAAACGCCCACCGCCGACCCCUUGGCGCUUCUUGCCUGGACCCUACAGAGCCCCCAUCCGGGAGGCCGUGGAAGCACCAAAGGCCGGGGGUGCACGGCUUCCGAAGGGGGCAAAGGUGGCAAGGCUUGGCCCCCUUUGGCUUGUUGCGGCUUGUUGCCUGUACCCUACAGACCUCCAGGGUGCCGGUUCCUCACUGGGGGAGUUUCUUGGGAGGUGGAAGGCCUCCGGGGGCAGCAGGUGGCAAGGCUUGGCCCCUUUCGCCGUGCUGCAUGUAUCCGACAGAACCCAGACGGGCACGCCUUGCCCCCACUCCUCCUCGCCUUUGGUCCUCAACCCUCCGGGUGUUUGGUGGUGGCGGACGCUGCCACAAAUUGGGGGGAUGAGGGCCAAAGGUGCCAGGCCUCGCGACCGUGGCCGCCUUCGGCGGCCUUCUCCCCCCGGGUGAGGCUGUCCCCCUGAUAGGGCCCAAGAGUCGGGACGCCUCUGGGGUACGCGUGGAGAGCCGCCAGGGGCCUCCGGCUCCGCCUUUUGAGGCUUUCGCCCUUGGAGGUCCUUGCUUGUCACCACCGCGGAAAAAAGGGCGCGCGGACGCGACCGCCGCGCCAUCCACACGGGGGGAGCCUCCACCCUUGGAACAUAUAUGCCGCAGCUGCAUGGGUGCACAUUGACUCUGAGUCGCUCGAAAGAAUUUUAAGUGGUGAAAAACUCAGUAUCAACCAUGUGGUCCGCAGAAGGUAUUUUCGCCCGCUUUGUCCGGAAGUGUUUCGUGGGAGGUUCUACUGAACAUAAUUCUCGUGUGUGCAACGUGGAGGAAGAUGCAGGUGGACGCUUUACGGCUGGUGUUGUUUCAUCAUCGCAGAAUCGCAUUUAUCCUGACUUGACGAGACUGUGAUGUAGGGAAUCGGUAUGAGGAAUCCGAACGAAAUCACUUCAGUCGGGAUAACGAUGAUGAAAGAACGCGGCUUCUACCACUAAUGUUUACGCCAACGGUGGAGGUCUACAAUCGUGUAGCACGGAAAUUCCCCAAGUACACAUCGUCACGAGGCGUCUUGCUUUCAUGGAGUACCCUGCGGGAAGCAGUGCGAGAACAGAGCGAGUCGCAAACAUGUUGAACGCGAAGUACAGAUUAUUAUAGCAGAGCAGUUUAUAACACGCGUGGCCUGGCGCAUGGAGUAGCAUGGAGUGCAUGGAGCGCAGAUCCAUAAGGGACGCAAGAAGCGCCCCCUUUAGCUCCAUGCAACUCCAUGCGAUCCGUGUACUCCAUGCCAUGCGAGCUGGCAAACCUUAGAAAUUACUCUGCUAUCGAUCUACUCCCGCACUUUCAUUGUCUCCGAUCUUAAUCGUGACCUUGAUUCGACAAUGAUUGACUUCGUGUGAAAAUAUUUGCUCAUUCCGUAGCACUGCAGCUACGCUUAUGCAUAUCGCAGGUACGGCGACAAGUAUGUUUUGUUGAAUCUGUCCGAGCGUGUUUAUGACAAAGAGGCAUUCGACGGCCAAGUAUGGGAUGUCUCUUUCCGGGGAUUUCCCUCUCCACCACUACUGCUGGCGUUGCACCUAUGCAAGGAGCUAGUCCAGUAUCUCAAGCGAGAUCAGCAACAUUUUGCGAUUGUACACUGCUAUCGAGGAUACGCAAGAACGGCGGCCUUUCUGGCGAUGUUCAUCGGCUAUUUCUCCAGUACGCACAACCUGAAUUUUAUUAGCUGUAAAAAACAAAUAACCAGAAAUACAUAAAUGCGCGUCCUUUAUUUGCUAAAGAAACAAGACUUCUCUUCGCCGUUUUUAGGAAAACUAUCUAUCUUCAUGUAAGUAUCUCAUCGUCGUCUCCAUUCGAACAGACCGCAAGCCGUUCGAUCUCUUGGCGAAAAUGUGCACUCAACGGUUGGAGCCCUAUUUUCGGAUGGACUAUGUUUUGCCGUCGCAGCAGCGCUACUUGCACUACUUUCACCUGUUACUAGAGAGGAUUAGACGUGAAGAAAAGCAAGGGAGCGUCGAAUUCACAAGCCCAACGAAGCAAGAACGCACCCAGGUACCUCGUCUCCUCAACACGUUCUGUCCCGACAAGGCUAACCACUUGGGGCGCCAGACGUGUGCAAGUCAUAGUAACAACGUGGGCAUGGAAUCAUCUUCUUUAUCUUCUGAUGAAGCAAUCGCAGAGGACCUAAGAUCCGCUGUCUAUUUGUGCUCACUCGGUCUCAAUUUUGAGUCUCUCUCAUCCAGCGACAUCGCUUCACCAGUGAGCUACUGUCUUGAGAUCUGGAGCCGCAGGGAUUGGGAUGACGAUAGCAUCGAGGUAUCGACUAAGUCGAGCAACAAGCAGUUACCUUCUGGCACCAUUGAACAGGAAGGGCUAGAAGAAGACGCAGCUGCCUACAAGAAAUCGUUGCCACUCGGCGCUAGUACGUCGACGGGAACGUCCGUUCUGCGCAAAUCCUUGCUUGCCAACCGUCCCACGAGGCUUUAUCCAGUAUCGAAAAAAGAAAGCGGAACUUGGCUUUUAGAACUCACCAAACCCCACCUGCUGACUGGCGAUGUCCUGGUACUUACAACAAUGAUCUUUGGAGGACCAAAUGUCCUCCUCUUCGUGGUCGUCCUGAUGUGCAUUUUAUUGCCAGAAGACGUUCCCAAUCCCAGCCUGUCUCUAUGAUCAUGUCUAUCUCUGUCACAGAUCCGGAUCUUACGCCGUGAAAGUGACGAGCACCCAUGGGAGGCAGAGUUUCGAGUUGCGCUUCACACUAUGUUCCUACAAUCAAGAAGCAGCCUGAUAUUGGAUCGCACUGAAGUCGACAUCCACCCACGAGUUUUGGAAAAGUCGUCUCAUAGCAGUAGCAGUGCUAGUAAAACAACUUCUAGUUGUGCUAGUUGUAGUCGUGGUAGCACACGCCGUACAACAACGACAUUUGAGCACGAUAGCGUCAAUCAAAGUGGCACUACUAGAGCGAGGAUUAGUGCUAUGAUUUUGCCAAGUUGUCACCAACAGCAACAACAUAAGCAAGCGCAGGAAGUGGAUCAGUCUAUGACUCCUUGUCCACCGCCUCGUCCAGUCCUUGCAAGUUUAUCGCUCACCUUCACGGCCUCCGAACCCUCAAUAGGUAGUGCGUCCUGGCAUCACGCUGCGCUAAGUGACGACAGUGACCUAGAACUUGUGGACCACUCCGAUCUGGAAGACCUCUUUUUCGAUAUUGAUGACGAGACUGAAAAUACUUCUCGAGAAGUUGAUCGUUCUUGUGCUGCUUCUAGUGGUCGUGAAGAAGACGGUACGUCGUCUACUGUUGGUGGUUUCUGGAAGGCGGCCGCGGACAACGAAGAUGCUUCUUUUUUUGUUUUUCAAGAUGUUGACACAAGCAGUACUAGUCAAAAAAAUGGUAGAGGCACAGGACUAGAUAGCUGCAGAUGCUACGCGGAACUUCUAAACCAAAGUAAUAAAAGAGCACAAGAACUACUACUACAACCACACCUGCAAUCACAAAAGACGAUAUUUAGCGACUGCCUACAACACGAUAGCAGUGACGGCAUUUUGCAUCAUGCAGAUCAGGUGCAAUUUGACUCUUCUGCCUUAUGGCCUUCGUGGAGCUUCCCAUCGGACGCGGGGGGUCACGGCGACGGUCGAAGUCUAGGCCGCAGCUUUGCAGAAACAGUCGGCGCGCCCACACGGGGACGAAGCACUUGGACAGUGGGCAAGGGAAAUGAUUUUGUAAUUUCUGCAGGGAGGCCUUCACCCUCUGCGCCUACUACCGCAAGAAGCAAUCAUACGCAAGCGUCGCCGACUACAGCAAGACCACUGCUGCUCUCGACACCUUUUUGUACUAGUUCUUCAUCAGCACCAUCAGCAAUACCUGCUUCAUCCUGUGCAGGAGGAGCAGGGGGAGGUCUCCGAAAGAACCUGAUCUCAACAACGAAAAAGAGCUACAAUUCGACGGCCCCUUCUUCUGCAGCACUCGAUCAUGAGUCCAACGCGUUUCAAUCUGCGUCUUUUUGCCUGAGUGGUUCCUCGGAAUUGCCAUCCUCGUGCUUGGUGGGGGAUGUGCCAUCAGGAACAGCGCGCAUGAGAAUGACCGACUUUCUUUUCCCAUCUUCGAAGACCGCAGACACACUCGUCGAACCGAGCCCAUUGCUGCUGCCGUUUAGGAGAAUCUCUUCACCCGAAAGAAAGCGGCCAGUCUUUAAUCCAAGCACCGCGAGCGAACCCCCGAAGCCUCUAUUCUACCCUAUUUUCACGUCCUAGAAGUCAUGCACAUACACAUAGCAAGUGAGACAAAAUCUAAUGACGAGCACGCGGUUGUAAUUUCGUACUUCCACAACUGGUAAAUCUUUUCGAUUUUGACUCUACAAUGUAGUUGCUGGUAAGGAAUCGAGGAAAUAAAGAGAAUGAAUGGUCUUGAAGAUACCUAGAAGUUAGAGUUUUGCUUCUACAUGAUGCGUGAACAGUAAAUAGCGAGAAAAACACCAAGCACAGCGAGAGAGCACGACACGAAGAGGAUCGCUUGAUACGGAUCUUAUUUGCAAGGCACGCUUUCAUUGCAAUUUUUUUAGAUGUACUUAACCUUAUCUGAUGUACAGUUGUAGUAGCCAAUGCCCAUCUGAAGCAAUUGCAAUAUCAAAAAAAAUAGAACGAGAGUGUGAAAAUAAAUAUGAACAAUAAAAAACACCGUACGCGUACGGUUUCGGUUCUUUAUAGAUCUGCUUUCUUUGUCUUGUUUGAUUCUGCUAAUGCAUCUUUUUGGCGAAACAGCUUCAAGAGGUUCGAGAAUAGAAGUACGUACAACUACAACACUAUCCAAAAAUAAGAGUGUCGCGUAUCUGUUAUACAUAUCAUCAAUCAUGCUGCUGCAGAGACUAAGUGUCGGUGUUAGUAACACCAUUUUAUACCAAGCUUCGAGAAACACAGCAAACAUUAGAUAACGAAUAUAGGCUCUGCUGCAGGAGUAAGCAGUAACAAGUUCGGGUUCUGAAAAUAAUAUUUCUUUUCCUAGACUGAUCGCACAAAAUUCGUAGCACGAAGACGCACUCCCUCGCCGCGUACCAUCUACAUACAACACGAGCAACGGCUGAAUUAUGACAGAUUUUGUUUUUCUUCGCUUUAUCAAAUUGAUUUCACUGUUCUGCGAAUUGCAUAAGUAUCUAUGGAUUGUCCAACAUCAGCCCGUUGUAGCUGCUCACGUCCUUUUCUGUCAACUGUGUGCUACUAUGCGAC